CUUGAAGAGGAUGGGAUUCCUUAUCUCCAUAUCCAAGCUGUUUGGACACUAAAAAAGAAAAAAAAGAAAAAAAAAAACCCUCACUUCCUUUCUUUCCAAUCAAACAAGCCAUGGACGCCCUCCUCAUAAACCCCUCUCUCUCCCGUCUCAAACUCACUUCCAAAUUCUCUAAUCCAACUUCCUCCUCCUCUCCAUGGCCCACCAUCACCACCAUCACAUUCCUACCCUUCCCCUCUCGCUCCAAUCUCAAAACCACCUCAAUCGCCGCUGCAUCCAACGGCUCGCCCUCACCUUCACCUUCACCUCCCCAAUUCUUCAAAGACCAACCCCUCGAACAAGCAGCUGAUGAAGACGGACAGGAAUCAUACGGCGAAGUAGACCGAAUCAUCGGCAGCCGAUCCGUCUGCCGCGAUGAGCCCAGCCGCCGCUACGACAUGGAGUACCUAAUCCAAUGGAAAGACGGCCACGCCCCGUCGUGGGUUCCAUCCUCCAACAUCGCGAAGGACGUAAUUGCUGAGUACGACGCCUCCUGGUGGGCCGCGGCCAAGAAGGCCGACGCCCCUGCCCUGGAGCGUAUCCUCGCCGCCGACACCGAUGACUCCUUCCGUGACGUCGACGCAGUUGACGAGGAAGGUCGUACUGCCCUCCUCUUCGUGUCUGGCCUAGGGUCCGAGCCCUGCGUCAGACUUCUGGCUGACGCAGGCGCGGAUCUCGACCAUCGCGACACCCAAGGAGGGCUGACCGCACUUCACAUGGCUGCGGGUUACGGCCGGCCUGCGGUUGUGAAGCUGCUGGUGGAAUUUGGGGCGGAUCCGGAAUUAACAGACGCGAGGGGGCGGACGCCACUGGUACUGGCAAAGGAAGUUCUAGCGGCAACACCGAAGGGGAAUCCGAUGAUGUUUGGGAGGAGGUUGGCGUUGGAAGGGGUGGUGAAAGCGUUGGAGGAGGCGGUUUUUGAGUAUGUAGAAGUGGAGGAGGUGUUGGAGAAGAGAGGGAAAGGAGAGAGGUUGGAGUAUCUUGUGAGGUGGAAAGAUGGAGGGGAGAAUGAGUGGGUGAGGAAGGAAUGGAUUGGAGAGGAUUUGGUUAGAGAUUUUGAAGAAGGUUUGGAGUAUGGGAUUGCAGAAGGGGUUAUGGAUGUGAGGGAAGGUGAAAAUGGGAAGAGAGAGUUUUUGGUGAAGUGGGUGGAUAUUGAAGAGGCUACUUGGGAGCCUGAGGAGAAUGUGGAUGUAGAGCUGGUGGAGGAGUUUGAGAGUGGGAAGAAGAAGAAGAUGGGGGGUGAAGGAGUUGUGGGGCCCAUCAGUGGAGCGGAUGUUGUGCAGUAUGAGGCUCAGGAAUCGGUUGGAUCAUGAUGUUGGAGCUGGGCCUUUUGUUUGUGAGGGUUUAGAUGGGUGGGGCACAUUGCUUUGUGAUUGAAAUGUUACAUCCCAAUGUAGAUGGUUGGAUGAUGAAUGAAUCAUCAUGUUCUGAAAUCACCAACAUUGGAAGAUACUAUCAAGUAGUUUUACCCCAAUUUUAUUAUUGAGUUAAAUGUAGAUUAUUGUUUUAUUUCUCUUC